ACUUGGAAUUCGAACUAUCAUUCUUAUCACUAAAUCUAAGGACAGUCUUUGGUGCCCUGCAUAUUUCCUAAACUAGUGUGAUGGAUAAGCUACAUAUCUUAGUUUUUGCAGUUACAUUGAUAAUUCCUUAUUCAGGCGCCGCUCAGUGUAGAGCUGGAUGGUAUGGUUUCCUGGACUCGUGUUACUAUCUUUCUCAUGGACUCGCAACAUGGGUUGAGGCCAACGAUGUCUGCAAGAUGCUCGGAGGGUUCUUGGCUAGGAUAGAAUCAGCCGACGAAUUAACCUAUCUGAAAUCUGAAUUAGGACAUAUACAUCGACAUGAUGCUGAUCAGCAGCUUUAUUGGAUUGCUGGGAACGACUUUGAGGUAGAUAACGUAUGGAGGUGGAUGAACAAUGGAGAGAAAGUCUCUUUUCUGGAUUGGGCUCCUGGAGAACCUAACGCUGCCGAAGACGCCAACUGUUUGGACUUGUGGGGAGCACAUGAAUUCCGUUACGCCGACAAUAAUUGCGAAGAACACCACAACUAUGUGUGCCAAAUAAAGGAUACUGAAGGGAACCAACUAAUUGGUUAACGUAUGGAAAUAAAAAAGUAAUUCAUGUAAAUGAUAACUGGUACCGAUGUCAUUUUCAACUAAUAAAUUUCAUUGUGAAAUAAAGUGUUGGAAAUACCUCAUCUUCAACUAUAUUUUACAGUUUAUUCAAUAUUCCUCAAAAGUUAACAUCGUACAUAUUAUAGUUAUAUGAUAAGGAUGGAGAUAUUGACAUUGCAACAAGCAAUCGAACGAUCCAGAACUUUCUUACCUUUUUUAAGGAAGAGAUCGCAAAGGUGAUUCACGCAGAAGUUGAAAAAUCAUUGUUUUUCGGAGCAUUUAAAACCUUCGUCAGACUGUGAAGGAUGUAACCAGAUUUAAUGUUAGAACAGGAAUUAUUCACAAGAAUACUUCAAAUACUGUGAUCAGGGGGUAAUAAGAGAUAUAUCGCUUCGAAGGAAACAACCGUUACCCCGGUGAAUAGAGAGGACUCGAUCUGGGAGAGAGGUAUUUCACUGAACGGUAAGAAGUGUCUGAAAUAUGAACUCUAGAGUAUGACCUGUAACAAAUUUAUUUUCAAUUCUCGAUGAAUGUCUAUAGCCAGUGAUCGCCCGUUAUUUUUCUUACCGCAGAUGGAUUAUAUUUCUGAUUACUAAAUUCAAUGGAAACACUACAAUGUAGACACGUUGCGUUGGGGUGCGUUAGAAACUGUCGUGAUUUCUAACGCAUGUCACCGCUUAAUCGAUAGUGAUGUAAACAUUACUUCAAGUCUUUAGAAAUAUACAUAUGUUGAUGAAAUAUACUUUUAUCAUUUACUAUGUUACUUAUUCUGACAAAUAUAUCUAGCAACACUGUCUUUUUAAUAAUUCAAGGUUAGAGAGGUGUUUUUUUUGUUUUUUUUUUGUUUAUUUUUAUCUCUUGUUUUUUUUUAAAUUUAUUUUUAUUAAAAUUUAAAAAGGAGGUCAUGAAGGUCAGCGGGUCCACAAAAGUAGUACCGAUGAAAAGGAACGCAUUUGUCGAGUACAUAAGCUGUACCAUAAUUAGUAUUCGGCGCAUGCGUAUUCAUAUAAAGAAAAGAGAAAUCCUUUGUUUACGCCAUUUUGAUCAUAAUCAGUUUUUUCAUCAAUUUAGUGCCUGUUGUCAAUUGUAUUAACCAACCCACAUGCCAACCCAUUCAAUAUAUAUAAGUAAAGUGUUGUGUUUAAAUGAUUUAAUUUGUGUUUUAGUUAUGGCGGAUUUUUACAUCUCUACUUAGGCGAAAUGUAAUGUAACUUACUUGUGGGGACAAAACUUUACUUAGAAUUUAUGCUUUGUUAUGUAAUUGGUUUAACUGUUCUAGAAUUAUCAUUAAAAUGUUACUUAUGGUGGCCAUUUCAAUGUC